UUAAAGAUCCUGUAACAUUUCAUAUACAUUUAAUAGGAGAGAAAAAUAAUAGUUUUGUAUGUUUUAAAGAUAGUCUUCAAAUGAAUAAGAAAACAAUUCCGAAGGUCAGAAUGUAAGUAAUUGCAAAGUUGUCGUAGAAAAACCCCGACGGUAUCACUAAGAGUGGUAUUCAUACCUUAUAUGCAAAUUAACGGAAGUCACGUGACACAUGCUCACACAGUUUGUAAACAAACAUGGCGGAGAGGAAAAAACCACGUCUCUCGCGUUUGUCGCCAGAAACCGCAAAAAAGCGAAGGAAAGAAACUUAUAAGACAUAUGCAAAAAGCCUUCACAUUGUUAGAUUGUCGAAAGAGACCUGGGAGGAGUGGAAAAGUUUAAAAGAUGCAAGCGGAGCCAGCACUCACGAUGACUUUGCUGUGCGACUCCUUCAAGCAUGGAAAGGAAAGGCUAUGAAGGAGACUGCUGACAAAUCUGUCAUUGUGCAGCAAACACCAAUCAAAUCAAAAGAAGCAGUACAUUCAACUCCUGCUGGCAAGGAAGCAGUUGUUCCCUCUUUCCCAGUGUCUGAUAUCUCUGAAUCUAAUGGAGGGUCAGAAACAGAAAUGUCAGAAGACAGUCUUAUUACUAGAUACACAGAAAGAGCCAAGGCUACAGACAAAUCUUUCAUAGAGAUAUCAUAUGAAGUCUUACCUGAGGAAAAAGAUAAAGAGGAAAGCUAUCGUCCAGAGAGUGACUGGUCAGACGAAGAGGAAGAAUACUCAUCAGACAGUGAUGUCACUGAUGAUUUUGUAUUGGAAAUGACAUUGCAUAAUCCCGAUGAUGAUGAGACUGUUCCAAUUGUUGAAGUUGCUGACAGGGUUAUAGGUUUAAGUUUUGAGGAUUCAUCAGAUGAAGAAACAGAACUCAGUGAAGAUAAUGGCUCUAGAAGUAUUCCAAGAGACCAUGUUAGAGAACCAAAGAGUAUUUGUUUUGAAGAAAACUUAUUGCAGCUAGCAAAAAUGAAAGUUAGUUCCUUGUGUCAUGUUAAAGGUUGUGAUGCAAUUGUUGAUAUGAAAACAAAGUACAUAGGAAGUACUGUCAGAAUUAUAUGGGGUUGUUCCAAAGGGCAUCAGGUAAAGACAUGGGACUCACAGCCAGUUGUUCGGAGAAUGAGAGUUGGAGAUGUUCUGUUGUCAUCUGCUAUUCUAUUGAGUGGAAACAACUUUGAAAAAGUGAAGUUGAUGUUUUCGUUUCUUGGACUGAGAAUUAUGUCGAGGUCAUCCCAUUUCAAAAUACAACAAAAACACUGUUGUCCAAUUAUUGAGAGAGAGUUUGCACAAAUGACAGAAAAGAACAUUGAAAAAUACAUUGGCAAGGAAGUUGUAGUUUUAGGAGAUGGGAGAAUGGACUCCCCUGGACAUUCAGCCCAGUACUGCACCUAUACUCUUAUGGAGAAUGAAACCAAAGACAUACUUGCCAGUGUAAUUAUAGACAAAAGAAUGACUAAUCUUGUAUCAACCAGCAUGGAAAAAGAAGGUCUGAUAAGAGCUAUGAAACUCCUAGCAGACAAAGGUGUUAUUGUUAAAGAACUUGUUACAGACGCCAGCACAACCAUUGCAGCUAUGAUAAGUGAGUUACAUGUGGCAGCAGAAUCUCGUAACAAGGAUUUAAGACCUUGGGUUCCUCACCUUGUAAAUCAUUUCUGGUACUGUUGCAGAAAUUCUCUGGGAAAAGAAGAAGUUUUAUUGGCCCGUUGGAGGGGUGCACUUCACCAUGUGGUAAAUAAGCAUGAGUGGAUAUCUGGUGAUGGAGCCAUAGAACCGAAGUGUGAACAUGAAAGUUUGGAGAAAGAUGAUGAUAAAUGGUUUGAAUCUGGUACUGAUGCGCAUGUUGCUUUAACAAAAGUGAUGCUUGACACAAGAUUUCUUCACAACAUUCAUCGUUAUGUUAAUUUCAGACAUACGGGUGAUUUAGAGACGUUCCACGAGCACAUUUUAAUGUACUGCGCAAAGAGAUUUGCAUACACGUAUCCAGUAUACAAGGCUCGAAAUCAUCUGGCUGCUAUUGAUUACCAAAGUCAUAAAGAUCGCCCUCUUCUUCUUAACAAGAAUGGUGAAUUCCGGCUUCAUAGAUGCUUUUCAAAGAGGACUAAGGCAUAUAGCUGCUACAAGGAAAAGGUGCCAAAGACCUAUACAUACAUCCCUACUUUACAGCAGGCUAUAUUAGACUCUGUGAAUGAAAGAACUGAACCACUAAGGUCUCCAGUUGCUCUUACUCCAACAGAUCCAAGGAAAAUAAAGAAGAGAAUAUCGGGAUUGUCACCACCACCUACAAAAUCUUUGCUUCAGCUAAAGAAAUCAAGAUUUGAUGAAUCUUAGUAAAAAUUAAAGAACCUUGAGAUUAAAGAGGCAAUGACAUUUAUUAUGCUCCCCAAAAAUUUGGGUCGCUAACUUGAAGGUCAAGGUCACAUCAUGACCUUGCAGCAAAAAUGUGUCCGGCUCAUGACUUUGUUAUUUGAAGUUGGAUUUUACAAAUAUUUCACAGAAAUGAUCACCAUAUUGUGACAAUGUGUCAUGCACAACAUUUGGGUUGUUUUUACACUUUGAACUUUGUCUGUUACAUAACUCUGACACUACAAGAGGUAUACCUUCCCGUGUCCAAAACCUAUUCGGGGAGCAUCACCCGGUUCAACCGGCUCUUGUUUAUUUAUGUACAAGCUCAAGAUAUGAAUGGCAUAAAACUUUAGAUUCUAAAUAGUUAAACACAUAGGAAUUACAGCAUUACUAAAGGCUAUGUGAAUUUAUUUGUGAAGAUGACACAAAAAGUGACAGCAUUAUAAAGAUCAUGUAUAUUUUAUUUGUAAAAUUUACUUAAAAUGACAUAAAAAGUGACAGCAUUAUAGAGACCAUUUAUUCAUUUGUGAAGAUGACACAAACUUUCAGUAUUAAUGGCACUAACUUUUUUUAUUGUUGACAAUAUUUAUGUAAAUAAAGU